AUGGUGAACGUUCCUAAAAUGCGCCAGACCUUCUCCAAGAAGUGUGGCAAGCACCAGCCCCACAAAGUAACACAGUAUAAGAAGGGCAAAGACUCCCUCUAUGCCCAGAGGAAAUGGCACUAUGAUAGGAAGCAGAGUGGCUGUGGAGGGCAGACUAAGCCUAUUUUCCAGAAAAAGGCUAAAACUACAAAGAAGAUUGUGCUGAGGCAUAUAGAGCCCAACUGCAGACCCAAAAGAAUGCUGGCUAUUAAGAGAUGUAAACUUUUUGAACUGGGAAGAGAUAAGAAAAGAGAGGGCCAAGUGAUCCAGUUCUAAUCUUCAUUCUUGGCUUUGUUAUGAAUUGAAUAAAGUCUUAAAAUUAUUGUUCACUUAAUUUGUUUUUUGGGGGAGGAAAUAAACUGGAGCCAUCAAUAAAAUUCCUCUUGGAAAUUUG